AUGACCGAAGACGCUUUUUCUUUAGAAGCAAAAGAUGGGGUGAGGUGCUCAUGGAUGAAGUGGCCGAGUAAAAAAUUUUUGGCUGAUAGGAUAGUUGUGCCUGUAAGUGUCUUUUAUACACCUUUGAAGCAAAUUGAAGGCUUAGGUCUGGUAGAAUAUGAGCCACUUUUUUGCAAUAUUUGUAAAGGCGUGCUAAAUCCUUAUGUCGGGGUCGAUUUUAAAGCAAAAGUAUGGAGCUGUCCUCUGUGCUUUAAUAAAAACGCAUUCCCGCCACACUAUAAAGAAUAUAUCUCAGAGAGUAGCAUUCCAUCAGAAAUGACGCCUCAGUUUACCACAAUGGAGUAUAUUUUAGGCCACUCUGAGCUUGUCCCCUCUAUCUAUUUAUUUAUUAUUGAUACUUGUUGUACAACUGAAGAAUUAAAUUCUUUAAAAUCCUCAAUAAUAAACUCAUUGAGCUUAAUUCCAGAAAACUCGUAUAUAGGCAUAUUAACAAUUGGCAAAAAUGUAUUUUUAUAUAAUCUUGGCUGAAAAGAAGGGGGAAGGUGCUAUACUUUUAAAGGGGAUAGGAUUUAUGACCCUAAAAACAUCAAGGACCAGCUAGGAAUUAAUCAUCAUGACCCAAGAGGAAAUAUUGCUGGGGGGAGGAAAUUUUUUACCACAAAAAGUGAGUCUGAGUUUUCACUAAUAGGGAUUAUUGAAAAAAUAAAGCCUGAUAUUUGGCCAACUGCAGUUGGAGAUAGGCAGUAUAGAUGUACAGGGACUGCUCUAAAUGUGGCUGUUUCUUUGCUAGAGUUAGCAUAUCCUAAGCGCAAUUCAAAAAUUUUGCUGUUUGUGGCUGGAGUAUGUACUGCUGGACAAGGGAUGAUAGUAAGUGUAGAUAUUAAAGAAACAAUAAGGACACAUAUGGAUAUAAGGAACCAAAAUACAGUAAAUAUGAAGCCAGCGAUUGAGUAUUAUAAGCAAUUAGCAAAAAGAGCAGUAGGCAAUGGGAUUUCUGUUGAUGCAUUUUUCUGUGCUGUAGAUCAGACUGGGAUUUUGGAGAUGAAAUCUCUAUGUGAGGAAACAGGCGGACAUAUUAUUUUGACGGACUCUUUUAAUACAGAAAUUUUCCAAAGAUCGUUGACUCGACUAUUAGGAGAAAAUCCUGAGACUUUUGCAGUCGGGUCUGAUGCUGUUAUUCAGAUACACACAGAGAAAAAUUUGGGAAUUGCUGCAAAAAUUGGGCCUGGAGGAAAUCAUGUUCAUGACAAAACCCAAAAAAAGCUUGAAGAGUUCAUCACUGUGCUGCCAAGCAUAGAUUCUAAUACAACGAUUUCCUAUAUUAUUGAUUUCCCAGAAAGAUAUGAUAAGCAGCAUGGUUUUUACUUUUUGCAGUUCCAAACAAAUUAUCGGCAUUUUGAUGGGAGAAAAAGGCUAAGGGUGACUACAGUGAAAUUUCCAAUAGUCAAUAAUGAUAUAGAUAUCACACAUUUUAUCCCUGGAUUUGACCAAGAAUCAGCUGCUGUAGCAGUUGCGAGAUGGGCUGUAAUUAAAUUGGAGUCUAAAGAGCCUUUAGAAGUGAUUAGAUGGAUAGAUCGCACCUUAGUCAGACUGAUAAAAGUUUUUGCAUCUUAUCUUGUCGAUUCCAAAGAGUCUUUUAAGCUCUGCAGAGAAUUUUCACUAUUCCCCCAAUUCAUGUUCUAUAUGCGACGAUCUCAAUUCCUCCAAACCUUCAAUAUUUCUCCAGACGAAAGCUCAUACUACAGAUCAUUGAUUUUAAGCGAAAACAUAACAAAUUCUUUAUUAAUGGUCCAGCCAGCUUUACUUGAAUAUUCUUUUGAAUCCCCUGAGUCUCGCCCUGUACUUCUUGACAUAGUUUCUUUAAAACAUGAUGUGAUUUUACUAAUGGACUCGUUUUUUAUUGUACUUGUAUGGCAUGGAGACACUAUUGCAAGCUGAAGAAAAGCAGAAUACCAGAAUAAAGAAGGAUAUGAGCAUUUUAAGAUGCUCUUACAAUUACCAUUGGAUGAUGCCCAAGGAAUUUUAAAUGAAAGGUUUCCUGUCCCUAAAUUUAUAGUCACUGAUUGUGGGAGAACACAAGAUAGAUGCUUAAAAGCUAGGGUUAACCCGUCAACAGGAGGAAAUGUUGAGAACUUGCCAGGUGACGGCGGGAAUUAUCUUACUGAUGAUGCAAAUUUGAAGAUGUUCACAGAUUCUAUGAUAGAAUAUGUAAUCAAACCACAGUAA